GCGGUACAGAACACUAAACUGCAAAUGGCGAUGGAUAUCACCAGCUCGGCACAGAACACCUGGCUCCCCGAGACCGAAGAGGUGUACACCCGGCUGCUAGCCCGGGCAGAGAGAGAUGGCUGGGUGCCAAUCUGGAACUCCAACAGAGACCCGGCACCCCCAGAGUAUCUUUUCUCAAGGGUCACAACGGAGAACGGGCUUGUGAUCCAUCACGCCAUGUUCAUACAGGAGGAAGAGAAAAAGCUGAUGGGUGUUUGCCAGUUCGGUGAGGAAGCUCAGGGACCUAAAGGGUUGGCACAUGGUGGUGCAAUUGCUACAAUGCACGAUGACGUCACUGGAGAGCUGACAGGGAGAGUAGUAGGAAUGGCCAUUCUCACAGCUUCACUGACAAUAAACUUCAAGAGACCCACUCCGUUGAGAUCCCCCGUACUCAUCGAGGCUCACGUCGACAAAAUUGAAGGCAAAAAGAUUUUUCUCAAAUCAUGCAUGAAAAGUCCAGAUGGUGGGACCGUCUACUCGGAUGGCAUGGUCCUGUAUGUGAACAUCGAAAGCCAACUGCGUGCUGCGGAAGAAAAUCCAAGUCAACAUUAUGAAUAAUUAUUGCUAUUUAUCUACCUGUAUAUAUGUGUAAAUAGUGCUGUGUGAGGUUAACCCGCAUACUUGAAUAACAGAAAGACUGCACCGACCAUCAGGUUCCUGCCUCUAUAAUUACGUGCAUUUGGAGUUCAGAUAUCUGAGAGUGGUUAUCAUGGGAACUGUGUACAAACCACUCCAGAAUUUUUCAAAGGACCAUUAGAGUUGGCGAUUUUUGUAAUCAAAAUAUUAUUGAAAUUAGGUUUUUUAAAUUUUCUGAAAAUUGGAGAUAAGUUGAUGACUUAAUUAUCUAAUCCAAAGCCAGCAAAUUCAGCUGCACGUGUAAUAAUUUUUCCUAAAUUUAUUUCAUUUAUUUCAAAAUUGUAGAAAUCAAGAGAUUUAAAUUAAAAGAUAUGAAUCAAGUAAUUUGAUUAAAAUCACCUAAUUAUUUUCAGGUAAUAGCCACCUUCAGUACUGUCUAAUCCCAGGUGAUAGCACCUAUAUGUAUUUGGAGAGUAGACACUUCCCUCAGAAAUACAUGUAAAGAUACAAAGCUUGGCUUUCAAAUUUUCUCAGAAGUGCACAGGAAUUUGUUCUCAUGAACUCAGACUUAAGAACCAGUAUAGGAAAAGAAGGCCAUCAAUCCCAUGUACAUGGAACUUAUUUUACAUGCUGCAUGCAGGUUGAAAAAGAGCUGGUUCCAUACUUUGCUGUAGUGUCUGCAAAUAGCAGUCUGAAGGUUUGUUUUUCUGUUCCAGCUUUUUGUUACUUUAAUCGUUAAAUGACCAAAGUAAUUUCAUCAAACCACAGUAACACUUUACUCAGUUGUUACUUAUUUCCUACUGGUCUGUAUCGAGCUUGAAUUCGGUUUCAUUUGUAACAUCUUUUGGACCUCCAAAAUUCUGAAAGAGCUUUUGGAAUGUUGCCGUUUCUACUGGAUGAUACUGUUUACUGUUUAAUUACAGCAGAGAGAUAAUAUUAUUUAGUUCGGUAGCAAAAGGAGUAGACAACUUUGGCAAUAAAUUUUCGUUUUACAUUUCCAGUGGAAAAGCUACUUUUAGUAUGAAAUAAACCAAUUAAAUUGAAGUAA